AUGGUCAGAAUGGGGACUUUCCUGAUGGCCACUUUGUUUCUUAACUUCAUUACAACAUUAUCCCAUCUCCAUUUCACUGCUUCAAGGCUCACCGGCCUGACUCUUCCAGUCAUCCACCGGGACUCUCCAGAGUCUCCGUUAUAUCCUGGAAACCUCACUCAACUUGAAAGGCUUCUAAGGAUGAUCAAAUACUCCGAUGCCAGGGCUGCCUAUUUGGAAGCAAUUUCAGCUCCAAAUGCAACAAUUGCCUAUGAUAAAAAGAUUGUUCUUUCGAUGCUUCGUGAUUCUUUAUUUUACAUUGUAAAAGUCGGGAUCGGAACCCCGCCUGUAUUUAUGUUUCUGUUGCUGGACACCGGCAGUGGCCUCAUAUGGUCACAAUGUAAGCCCUGCAAGAAAUGUUACAAACAGAAAAUGCCCAUGUAUGACUCUCUUGCAUCAACCACUUACAGAAAACUUCCCUGCAAUCAUCCUCUUUGUGCUGGUGAUAAAAAAAUUUACGAAUGUGUCAAUCAGCAGUGUGUAUAUGAUGUCAGCUAUGGCGCUGGAGAUGUUUCCACCAGAGGCGUCUCCUCCCUGGAAUCCUUCACAGUCGGGCUUAACGAUAAACCAUAUGUCAUUCAAAAUCUGGUAUUUGGCUGCUCUGACGAUACUGAGAUACCUGUAUUCGAAGAACGGGGUGUGCUUUCAGGAAUCAUGGGAUUCAGCUUAUCUCCAGAUUCAAUAGUUUCACAAUUGUCAGAUCAAACCGGGAAAAGAUUCUCAUACUGUUUUCCCCCUUUCACACAGGAAGUGAACUUUCCCAGAUUUGUAAAAUUCGGAAAUGAUAUUCCUAAGCCUCCAGGAGUUCUCCCGACAACUAAAUUUGUAGCACCUCCUCCUGGAAUGUUUAACUAUUACCUGAAACUGACAGAUAUAAGCGUUGGCUCUACCCUGUUAGGAUUGCAGCCCGGUCUCUUCGACAUUCGACAGGAUGGCAGUGGAGGGUUUUUCAUAGACUCAGGGACAGUGAUCUCUCAGAUUGAUCAAACAACUGUCGGCCGCAAUGCUUACAAGGCAGUGAUGGAGGCAUUUCAGAAUCAUUAUGACUACUUCGGGUAUGAGAGGAUCAAAGGAGAGGUUGGUGAGGGAUUUCAGCUCUGUUACAAGAAUCGGCCGGGCAUUCUUUUGAAGAUGACUUACCAUUUUGAAGAUUACUUUUACAUUGUGGACUCUAAAUAUGUGCACUUUCAUAAUGAAGAGCAGGGGUAUUUCUGCAUUGCAUUGAGGCCUGGAAAUGGGAGAAGCAUUCUGGGAGCAUGGUUUCAGCAAAACAAGCGCAUCAUUUAUGAUAUGAACUUGAAUGUCCUUCAAUACUAUGACGAGCAAUGUGCUAAUGAUGCUCCUCCUCCAUAA